AAUAUUAAAAACUAUAGUGGUAUGUUCUUAUAAGGUAAAGUCUAUAUUACAUUGAAAUGCAAAUUGCAUGCAAUUGCAUCGAACAACGGGACCUAACAUUUAUGGGUUGGCAAUGUAAGCGUAAGCUAUCGUAUGCUUUUUAGGCAACUGAUCCAUAAUAUCAUGAAGUUUCGCAGUUAGUUUACGUAAAAAGGAAAAAAGUAUAUAUUUCGAUAACGUAUCUUUUCACGUCACAAGUUUUCUAUUUCCAUCGAAUAACCGAUCAAGAAAUUACUAUUUACUUCAAUAAUUUUUCAUUGGCAGCUUGACAAGAUAUUCUAAUUUUGUUGUUUCCCAGAAGGCGGAGUUAUUUUAUGCACCAGCAGUGUCAGAUAACCUCCGGUUUCUCUAAGACCAAUAAUGUUUAUAAAUAUUCAAAUUUGACAUGUGUUAUUCGAUAACACGUGAAUUUCGAUACGUGAAAUUAUGUGAAAAUACUUUUAAUCGUUGACUACGCACGCGAAAUGCAGUUCAAGGCUGUAUCUGUAAUGUGAUCUCGUAAAGUAAUUUAAAGUGAUUUCAAGAAAAUGACAACUGAGCAGAGCGUGCACGAUCAUUCUCUUGCAAUUAGACAAGAAAUACAACGUUUCGAAAGUGUUCAUCCAUCCAUAUAUGCUAUUUAUGACUUGAUAGAUCUCAUAUCUGACACACAUGUUGCAAAACAGAUUCGCGAACAUGUUGUUGCGAUCGAAGAUUCUUUUGUUAAUAGUCAUGAGUGGACAUUGGCUAGAGAUGUUCCAGAAUUACAUUUAGGAAUUAUUGGUUCGUCUGACUCAGGAAAAUCUGCUUUAGUUCAUAGAUAUCUGACUGGUUCUUUCAUGCACGAAGAAUCUCCAGAAGGUGGUCGUUUUAAAAAGGAAGUUUUUAUCAAUGAUCAAAGCUAUCUCUUAUUAAUUAGAGAUGAGGGUGGAGUACCAGAGUCACAAUUCUCCGCUUGGAUAGAUGCUUUAUUGCUCGUGUUUAGUUUAGAGAGCGAAGAAAGUUUUUCGAUAGUUUGCAGUUUCUAUAAUAGAAUGUGUUCAUUUCGAAAUAUGUCAGAAGUACCAAUAAUACUUGUAGGAGUACAAGAUUCAAUAAACGAUUCCAAUCCUCGAGUUAUAAAAGAUGUUAGACCUCGGAAAUUGGCAUGCGAUCUAAGGUGUCCUUAUUAUGAAACAUGUGCUAUUUAUGGUUUAAAUGUUGAAAGAGUAUUUCAAGAUGUGUGUCAAAAAAUUAUACAACAUGUAUCUGCAAAACAUUAUCGAUGUAAUGGACAACAAGCAACAGAUAAUGAAACAAAGUAUCCUGUUUCAAUGAUUGCAAAAAACGUACAGCUUCUUGCCAAAGACAUGGAAGCGACAAAUUCAUCAAAACUAAACACAUCUGAUAAAGAUGAAGAUUCGCGAUCUCUUCAUGGUAGUUUGACUCAAAAUGAUUCUGGAACGAUAAGUGAUAAUUUUCAUAAUGUACAGAAUCAGCAUGGGGAUCUAAGAUCCUCGAUUUUAACUCCAACUACUAUCAGGAAAUUUAGAAGGAAAUCUAAUAUUUUUACCCCGUCAAAAAAAGAGAAAUACAAUAUGGGUGAAAUGGGCGUUGGAAGGGAAAUACCAGUGAAACAAGGAUACUUAUUUAAACGCAGUAGUAAAUCUUUAAAAGAAUGGAAAAAAAAAUAUGUUACAUUGCUAGAAGAUGGUCGUUUAACUUAUCAUUCCAGUUUACAUGACUAUAUGAAUGAUGCCAAUGGAAAAGAAAUAUUAUUACAAUACGUAACUGUGAAAGUGCCUGGAAAAACACCUAAGGGUUCAAAAUCAUCCAAUGCUCAAGAGGAUAGUUUCGAAUUUUCUAUUAUUUCGUUAGAAAAUAAGACUUGGCAUUUUGAAGCAAACAAUGCCGAAGAUAGAGAUAGUUGGAUUUCUGCUAUAGAACAACAAAUUUUAUCAAGUUUGCAAAAUAGCGAUGGCGAUAAAAAGAACGAAACUGAUGCUUUCAAAAUGCAUUGUAUAAAAAAUAAAGUAUCAGGAAAUGACGCGUGUGUAGAUUGCGCAGCACCUAAUCCAGAUUGGGCUAGUCUAAACUUAGGUGUAUUGAUGUGCAUCGAAUGCUCGGGAAUACACAGAAAUUUAGGUUCACACAUAUCGAAAGUUAGGUCACUGGAUUUAGACGAUUGGUCCGCAGGUCAAUUAAGUGUAAUGUUAGCCCUUGGUAAUGACAUAGCAAAUAGUGUUUGGGAAUAUUGUUUAAACGGAAAACAAAAACCGAAUUCAGAUUCUCCUAGAGAAGAAAAGGAGCAAUGGAUCAGAUGGAAAUACGAAGAUAAAAUCUUCUUACCACCAAUUAACCCAAACAUUUCUUUAGGAAAAUUGCUUAUUGAUUCAGUUUGCCGGGGCGAUAUGAGAGCGUUUACAUUGUGCUUGGCCAGAUGUAGUUACGAAGAUAUUAAUAUGUCUGUCAGUAUGGAAGAUUUAAGGACACCUCUCCAUUUAGCUUGUGCCACAGGAAACUUAGCUAUGGCACAACUUUUAAUAUGGCAUAAAGCAAAUCCACAUAAUCUAGACCACGAAGGACGUACGUGUAUGUCAUACGUACGAGCACUUGAAAGAACGCUUGACAAUUCAUCGGAUUCUAUGGAAAUGCAGAAGCUUCUUGAAGUGCUUGAACAAGCUACUGUUUCUGGAGUAGAUGAUGUAGAAACGGCUCAGUAUUAAAACUGUUUA